UGUUUGGAUCAACCCGAGGCUUUUAUAAUACGUAUUUCUUGUGGGAAAAUGACCAUCAAAGCUUUUUUGAUUGAAUAUAAUUCCAUCAUUAGCCAGAAUAUCUUCACAAAUGGAGAUACCAUAACCGGAAGGAUUAUUUUGGAGGUCUCAAAGGACACAACAAUCCAAUCUCUAAUUUUUAUUGGAAAAGGAAAGGCUACGGUUCGCUGGUCUGAACACUAUGGACAAUUUCAUAGCCGUUACUACUGGUCUGAUGAGAAAUAUUAUGAAAUCAAACAACAUAUUUUGAAAUAUGGUAAUGAAACAUUUCCCAAAGGACGACAUGCGUUCCCUUUUACCUUCAAGGUCCCUGACAGAAAAAUGCCGUCUUCCUUCAAGUCAGGGACUGGUAGAAUUGUUCAUAAAGUUAAGGCAGAGCUCAAACAGUCAAUGAAACUGACAAAGGAAGCUAAAGUCCACUUUACAUUUGUCUCCAAAGCUGACAUGGAUAUACAAGGACUCAUGGAACCUCAGCAUGAGUGCACUGAUAAAAGUCUCAGCGUCUUUGGCUCCGGAAAUGUCACAAUGGAUGUUUACACAAGCAGAAUGGGAUAUCAGCAAGGUGAAGAUCUCCAGGUCAAAGUUGUAGUCCAUAACCAAUCGUCUCGUGCGGUGAAGCCCAAAAUGGUGUUGUACAAAAAGAAGAGCUUCUUUGCCCAGGGUAGCAGGAAAUGUUCCACCAAGGAUAUUCUUGAAGAAAAAGCGAAGUCGAUUGACGCGUACAGCAAAGAGACGGUAAAAAAGGUGAUAACCAUCCCCAGAGAGCUGCCGUCGUCCAUUUUGAAUUGCGGCAUCAUCAAGCUGGAAUACAGGCUGAAGAUCAUUCUGGAUAUCAAAUAUGCAAUCAACCCAAAGAUCAAACUUCCAAUCGUCGUCUUACCCGCCUUGGAUGUUCCUGACAUAAAACAACCACCAGAUCCCGCAGCUGCCUUUGGAUUUGAAGCAUUUGGGAACUCAAACCAACCAACCUGGAGUCAAACACCCCAGCUUAGAACAACAACAACUCAACCUAUGGACCUCCCUCCACCAUAUGAUUCACACGCAGCGUACCCUUUGGGUGGUGCUGACAAAUAUGAAAGUUUUUAGUAAAUCUCCUUCAACUGACCUACUUCUUAAACAAAAGACCCGAGAGGCGCCAACGAACACCACAACACACUGAGGAACAGCUCCUGACCUCUGAUGAUGCUCUGGAGCAAUGGAUACCAAUCCCACCAGCUCUCGUCCCCAUCCCUGCACGUGGAGGACUUAACUUGCACACCUGUACCAACUGUGCUGAACUGGGCUUUUAUUUGGUUUGAUUUGCUGUGACUGUUUUUCAAUUAUAUUUGCAUUACAGGAUCACAAUUCAUUUUAAAUGAUCUGUCUAGGGUACACUUAUUAAUGAUGAAAAAUUAUACCUAUGUGUGAUUAUCGCAAUGAAUUUUCAGUUAACUAUGAACCACUCAUCUGUGCAUCAGUUGGGGACGUCUCUGCGCUGCUGACCUGUCUCCACUCAAGAUGAUCUCCGGCUGGCCCCACUAUGGACUGGACUCUCACAAUAUUAUGCUAGAUACACUUGACGUCCAUUGCACCGGUCGCCUGACAAUGAGGUUUCUCAUUGUCAUCUCAUUGGGUUGAGUUUUUUCUUGCCCUGAUGUAGGAUCUGAGCCGAGGAUGUCGUUGUUGCUUGUACAGCCCUUUGAGACACUCGUGAUUUAGGGUUAUAUAAGUAUACUUUGAUUGAUGAUUGAUUGAAAAUGCAAUUAAUCACGAUUACAUAAUUUAAUCGUUUGACAGCCCUAAUAAUGAUCUAUAACCUACUUACAGUUUCCAACCUUGUCAAAGUAUAUUAAACCAUGUGUUAAUCACAAAGAUUAUUGUUUAUUUAACACAUAAAUCUUAGGCUUAGGUCAGGCUGAUUAGAAAACUGUGCACUAAUCAAAUAGACUGCAUUAGAAGGGACUCAUAAAUAACUGACAAAAAAUAAAUAUAAAUAUAAUUUUGUUGUGCUAAAACAAAUACAUUUAAUUAAUAAUGAAUAUGUUUCCUAAAUAAACAGUCAAUGAAAUGUAAGUGCAAAUAAAACAAUUGUGUUUAACCACUGUAGUCAUAAUUUUUGCGCUCAUAAAACGCUUUGCUCAAGACUUUUUCUGCUGUGAAACAGAUAUUUUUUGGCGGCCUUCGAGGAGGCGUUUGCAGCCCUAAAAUGGUUGGUUAAGAAACACUGCUCUACCAUAUAUGGAGAUAUCCUCUAACAUCGGCAAAAUACAUCACUUAAGUCUCAAAUUCCAAACAGCUUGUUUGUUGCAGAAGGCAGAAGGCAAAGUUGUUCGAUAAAUAUCUCUUUCUUAAUAUAAUCGCAUUAAUCAUGUACUCACGCAGAUUCAACACACAGUUCAUUUUGCUCCUUACCUGAGUUGUUAUACGGUCAGUGAUCAGGUCAGUACGUGUAUAUGCAUUCUGUAUGUCGGUGCAAAGAUGAGUAAAGUGACCCAGACUGGUGUGCUUGCUGGUAAACUUCAACACAUCCUGACUGGACUAGAAAUGGAAACUGUACAUACAGUACAGGCCAAAGGUUUGGACACACCUUCUCAAUCACCUUCUCAAUCACAACACAACUGAUGGUCCCAACCCCAUUGAUAAAGCAAGAAGUUCCACUAAUCAACCCUGAUAAGGCACACCUGUGAAAUAAAAAAAAAAAAAACACUUCAGGUGACUACCUCUUGAAGCUCAUCGAGAGAAUGCCAAGAGUGUGCAAAGCAGUGAU